CAGAGCGACCGAUGCCGUGAUACAGAACAAUCGCAGUUCACUGGAAAUCGGCCAAUACUGUUGAGGCGCAGCAGGCCAAAAGGCAUGCAACUUCGUGGAUGUGAGAUGGAAGCACGCCUAGCUCGUAGUUGCUAGCUUGCCCUACACCCACUGAUACGUUCCGUGUUUGAUUUCAAGAAGAAAGGAAAAGAAAAAAAAAGGCACAGAAAAGCAGCAUGCCGCCCAAGAACAAAAAGUGCUCCAUUUGCGGCACGAACAGCACCGCCCGCUGGAUCAUACUGAGCCGGAAGACGCUCUGUGACGGGUGCUAUGACGUGCAGUGCAAUCCGCCGCUGGAACCGCGGCAGGAGGACGGGCCAGAUGAGCCGGUGGCCGGACCGAGCGGGCUGGGCCGGAAGAGCGAAACGAUCCUCGCGACCGGCCCGGUCCAGAGCAAUCCGGCCGACGAUGGGAUCUUUCUGAAGCCAACGUUCAUCCCGCCGCGCCCGGCCAAGAUUGCGCGGCAGAACAGCGCCACCCUCGACAGCGCCUCCACAAACAGCGCCAGCAGUAGUAGCAGCAGCACCACUACCACCACCAGUACCACCGCCAACAGUGCCACCCACAGCAGCUCGCGUUCGUCAACGCCGUCGAAGGCGGCCAGUCGAAAUAAGGCGCGCAAAUCGUUCCCGUCGAAACCGAAGCUGACGGACGAAACGAAGCGCCCCAAAUCGGUGCCGAAAGUGUUUCACAAUGACUACUGGUACGAGGUGGGCGACAUUGUUUCGCUGGUCGACACGAAGGACAACACGUACUACGCCCAGAUACGGGCGCUCGUGGUCGACGUGUUCAACGAGAAGCACGCGAUCCUGACCUGGCUGGUGCCGACCACGGCCAGCCCGCCCCCGAACGAGGGUUUCGAUCCGGCCACCUACCACAUCGGGCCGGACGAGGACAAGAUGCGCAACCUGAGCGAGAUGCAGUUCGUGAUGCACGCGCCGAGCGGCUACUACCUCAACCGGUGCGAUCCGUACCCGCGCAAGUACGUGACCGGACCGGUCGAGCGGGACGGCCGGUCGACUGAGGCGCCGCUGUACGAUUGGGCCAACAUCUGCCAGCUGCACCUGGGCGAACGGCCGGUUGGCAAGUAGCGAGCGGUGCGCGGUAAGGUAUUUUGGGGUUUGCGGGUCGUGGUAAACGGUGGGAGAAAUGGUAACUGUUUUUGUGCCGUCCUGGUCUAACCAAAAUGAGACGAAGCAAGCGGGAGGUUGGGGGGGGGGGGGGCUAGAUGAUUGAAGUAGUGUGAAGUAACGUAACAGACCGUAUUUUUUUUUAGACGAAUGCAUUUAGGAGAACUUUGCUGAUCGUUACGGUUUUCAAUCGGCACAUCGGUGAGCGGAAUUAUUUGCUUCGAUUAUCGAAGCCACACUUGACGAACAGCUUUUUUUUUUAUUUUGCUAAUAAUUUUAAUUCAUUUUGAGGGUUUGUUACAUAUGUAUCGUUUUUGUUUAGCAGUACAAAACAAUCAAAAAACAAUUGUGUCGGUUGCAGCAACACACAGACAGGCCCGAUGAGCAGUAACGCUGAGCUAUAACGACUUUUUUAUAGGAUUGCGUUUGGUUUUGUAGCGCCACAAGUCGCGGCGGACAGCGUUUGACAGCUCACAGCGUAGGGGAGCGAUGACGUUUAUACCUCAUGUGCGGUUUACAUUGAACGGCAGCCGCGGGUUUUUUCACUUUGCAUUUUGCACUGCACUGUCCCAGUAGGGAAGUAUUAUUUAAGAACGUUUCGUCAAAACUUUGAUAGCGUGUAGGCAAACGCCGCGGUUGUUGAACUAUACUGUACGGUACGAAAAUCGAACGACACUGUUGCUUAGUAAGGAGAAAUAACGUGUACAGAAAUGGUCGCGCACACACUCUAGUGGAUAGGAAAAUAGGUGCGAAUUAAUUAGGAACAACGGAGCAACGGAGCUAAACUCCAACCAAGCGUCAGGGUGUAGAACUCUAACACGAAUUUAUUAUUUUACCGAUCAUAAUGAACUCUUGUUAAAAUAUUACGCUCAUCGUGACAGAGUUAUUAUUCAAGCUGUAACGCAGGAAACAUUUCACGAAGCGUUACGAAAUAUUUCAAUAUUUCGAAUUAUGUCGACUGUUGAGGAAAUGGUGAAAUGGAAUGCGCGCGCCUUUGGGGAAUCAUA